AUGUGGUCUGAGGAAUUUCCAGGUUUCGAGCAAGUCAGUACUGACGGCAGCUCGCUCGGCAAUGGAAAUGUUUACUUCGGACCCAACGACCCAAGGAAUUAUGGCGAACCCUUGGGCCCGGGUUCCCAAACUAAUCAACGCGCUGAGCUCAAGGCUGUCUUGAAGGCCUUGCAAACGAUACCCAUCACACAGAAUCUCCUCAUUGAAACAGACUCAACAUACGCUAUCAUCUGCGUGACAGAAUGGUAUUAUAAAUGGGAGUGGAAAAGUUGGAGGAAGGCCAAAGGCGAGCCGCUCAAGAAAAAAGAGUUGAUCAAACCGAGCGUUCGUCAAUUGGAGCAGCGCGAGGCGAUAGGCAGCGCAACGUAUUUUCGUUGGCUGGCUGUCGCAGGAGCAAGGCGCGAAUACGUACGACGUUACGGCGAACUUGAGGAGAAGGAGAGGGGGCCGCGAUGUACCUUGCGCGAGGCCCCAUUCGGUUGGAAGGUGGUGCGGCACCCGGAUGGAACCGAGACCCUCGAGCCGAAUCCACAAGAAGUGAAUAAUUACGAGAAAAGGCAGAAGAAGGCGGCGGAAAAAAUAGAAGUUGAGCAGAUAAAGGUUUUCAAAUCUAAACGCAGAAGAGGAGGAAGCGCAGCGCAACGUAUGGCUAUUAAAGCCGCCAGAGCAGCAGAAGCAGCCAAAGCGGCCGAAGCAGCAGAUGCAUGCCUCGCGGAAAUGGGCCCAGAUCCGACUUCAGACGUUGCGGCACAAAUUGCAUAG